AAUGCCGUGUCAGUAGCAAAAGCCAGAUCACUAAAGUUAAGAAACAGUCGCCAAUGAAAUAGGAGAAGCUUGUGCAGAUGUUGCAAAAGAAGCUUCUGGAAAACCAGUGUAAGCAGCAGUUGAAGAAACAAGACUUGGUGCCAUGUGUGUUAAAUAUAAUAUAAUGGUUUAAAAUACAUUUGUCUAAAACAGCUCAACAAACUGAACCCAUUAACGCAUUAUCUGAUAAAAGAGUUAGAUAGAUGAGAAGAAAAAGAACAACGGUAAAGCCAGACCCCACUCGUCAUGCAUUGGAAAUCUUCAAAAGGAGAGGAGAGAAGGUUAAGUCGAUUCCGUUAUCAUGGACUGUAGAUUAGGAGCACACGUACUGUUCCCCGGGGGCUCGAAGAGGCUGCCACAGGGAUAAGAAUAAUUUUGCCUUCGGCCCCUACGGUCACCAAAAACAGCUGGAAAAGGUGGGGUUAUCGAAUUCCUCCUCGUUCUUGCUACCCGUGGAAGCCAGCAGGGAUGGGGUGGGGUGCAUUUAGUGCGCGAUAGUGGAGCGGGCACGUGUGCUGGGGCUAACGAUCGCCGUUAUUUCUGGAAGCUGAGUGGGUCGAGACAAACACAGGGUUCUAACUAGGAUCAGAGGCAUGAUAAGAACUAUGCUGUGGUAUGCUUUUUGUAUUUUUAAAAACUACUAAACGCUUUAUUUGCUUCAAAAAUGCGCAGUCGUUUGUUGGGUUAAGUUUCUAUGUAUUUAAAUCCACAAUACUCCAUAAAAUGAUAACGCAUCACGAUGAUGUCAUUGCCAUUAUAUCAGUUAUUUCCCUAUAGUCUAUGGUACCUCUUAACUCCGUUAAUACUAUGAUAACAGUUUUGCUAUAGUAUGCCUUCUUCCAUCGUUGGGGGCAUAAAUUCACUACGCACAGGAGCCGCAAUCUUUAGCUUUGACACUCCUUUCACUCUCGAUUCAUUUCCAUCGAUGAUGAAUAUCAAAUAAAUAUUGAGAUAUCACUUUCAGAGAAAUAAACAGUAUUUUUCUUUCUAGAAUAUUUUAAAAUAAACCUUUCCAGUCACCAUGGCUACUAUAUUGUAACGCUCGUGCUCAUGAGGUUAGGUGGGGGUUGGUUGGGAAGGAGAGGUAGUUGAAGGAAAAAUUCAAUGCGAUGACCAGCGUGAUGGAGUGGCUCUCCUCCACUCCCCCAUCCAACAUGUCAGAUUAUCGCCUGCAGCACAUCAUGGACAGAAGCGUGGAAAUACAACUAUUUCUUGCCGUAUUCAUCCUCAUCUUUUGUCAUCGACUAGGCCAUUCUUUGAGACAAAGAUCACGACGAUUGCAACGUCGAUGACGGAUUAGAACGAAAAAGAGGAAAGAAAUGGUAGGGGAGGAAGAAAGCUGUCUUCUUAUUACUUUUGAAGAUUAGCUGUGAUGGUCGUUAACAUGGUUUUGGUCCAGAACAAGUGUAUGUUACGACCCAUUUGUACACCUGUCAGGGCCAACUGAGGCAGGAGAAAAAAACAGUCUGUGCAACGGCCAAUCAGAAUGAAGAGCGCAACUAGAGCGUGUCCCUUGGGGAAAGAUUUCCCCCGCAUGCCGAGACGCUGUGCUCCCCAGUGAAAAGGUCGGAGGCAAAAGCUUGCGCGCCAUCACUUGGAGCAGGUGUAAGAGAAGUGAAAAUAUCUCAGCACGAGGGCACAAAGAGUGUGGUGCUUACUGGUGCAUGUGUGCUGUGCACCGGGCUUGAAGCUAAGAUUCGCCGACAAUGUUGUUAAGAUUUAUUAGAAAACGGCUGUGCAACAAUCUCUCUUUCUGUCUAAUCGUCCCCCAGCAUAUAAUGAUGCAAUACACUUUCUUUCUGCUACCAGUUAAAGAUUGGAAGUUAAAUUCUAGCCGCUGAUGAAGCAGUCCAUUAUAACUUACCCUGUGUUUGUUGAACGCACUUUACCCGCCUUGCUACAUGGCGGUCCAGGGGGGCAACUGUUAGCGCCUGUCACCCACACAGAGGAUUUGCUGUCCUGGGUUCGUAUCUCGUCUUGGACACGCUAUUUAUAGUCUGCACGUGGCAUCUGUUUACAGGGCUGAAUACUUUGCCGUGGUAUAGCCUUAGUUGCUGGCGGCGUAAGACACCUAUCUCCCCACCCUCUCACCUUCCGAAAGAGAUAUGUAAUUACCCGUAGUACGAUCUUCAUGCAUUUCAAACCGCCAUAUUUCCUUAGUCUCUGCCGCUUAUAAUGCUUGUGACUGGCAGUGGCUGAAUUGUGAAGUACACUAUAUUAUAUCGAUCAGAUAUGUCAUGGCGCAUUGUAAUCAGCUGGUCCCAGUAGGAGCAAUGGUCUUCGUCCUGACGUUGAGACCACGUGGCCUGAAACAACAAACAUCAUCCUUCGUUUUCUCCCUCAACGUCUCACUUCCUUCUCCCAGCUGCCCCCUGUCGGCCGAGCGGUGAAUGGCAGAGUGCCGGCGGUAGUGGUUAAACGUGACUUGUCGGCAGAUGACACGUGUCGGGUGUCAGGUUCCCAAUCCUACCCCGGCAUCCGACCCUCCUGACAGGUGCCAUUACAGCUUCCGGUCUUCAUCAUUUCCGGAGUCUGGCACCUGCAACUGUGAUGACAUAUUUCACGCAGUCAAUUGGGAAUCAGUGGAGGAGUGUUCAAGUGUCCUGAAGAUGACAAGCCACUAGACUAUGCUAAGCUUUACCCAGAUCAAGAAGUGGCAACAGAAAUCAUGAACAGCCUGGUGAGGUGCACACAUUACAAAGAUGGCUGCCGCUGGAUUGACAGACUGCAGAACCUCCAGGUUCACCUCGAUUCCUGUUUAUUUGAAUCUGUACAGUGUCCUAAUCGAUGCUCAGCUCACUUAAUGCGUUUCAAUCUGGAUGACCAUAUUGAAUACCUUUGCCCAAAACGACGCGUUGUCUGCGAUUUUUGUGCCCAAGAGUUUCCAGGAGAUUACAUGGAUCAGACCCAUGCAGGCAACUGCCCCAAGGAGGUGCUUUGGUGUGAAAACAAAUGUGGUGCAAAGCUUGAGAGGCGAUUCCUAUCUAACCACAUGAAGAAUGAGUGCCACAAACGAACUGUAACUUGCCAAUACUGCGACAGAGAGUUUGUCUAUGAAACUUUGCAGACUCAUCAGUACCAGUGUCCAAGGUUUCCAGUCUCCUGCCCCAACCGCUGUGACCCCACCAAAAUUCCACGUGAGGAAGUGGAAGUACACGUGCAGGAGCUGUGCCCAUCUGCCACAACUGCCUGCCCAUUUAAAGAGGCAGGGUGCAAGUACAAGUGCCCACGCUACAGUAUGGAGCAUCAUCUGCAAGAGUCACAGAACACUCACCUUCAGCUGGCGUGGGAUUUGGUCCGGCGACAGCAGCAGCAAAUCUCACACCUUUGCAGUAGUUUGCAUGCCACCACCCAUGUCACGGAUGGCACAUUCAUCUGGAAAAUCUCCUCUUAUAAGGCUAAAUACAUCGAGGCUCUCUAUAAAAAUGGGAAAGAGCUAGUGAGCCAACCCUUCUACACAUCACGCUUUGGCUACAAGGCUGCUCUCUCAGUUUUUCUGAAUGGAAAUGGGGCAGGAGAAGGGAAAUAUCUUUCUGUUUACAUUAAACUUAUGCCUGGAGAAUAUGACAAUAUUCUUGAAUGGCCGUUCCGCCUGCCCGUCUCCUUUACUUUGUUUGACCAGAAUGAGGAUGUUGAAAUGAGAGCGCAUUUAUCAGAGAGUUUUGUGCCAGAUCCAACCUGGAAACAUUUUCAAAAACCUGUCAAAAAUGUGGAUUCUUUAGGGUUUGGAUAUCCAAAGUUUGUGUCAAAUGAAAUUCUGAAAACUCGAGACUAUAUUAAAGAUGACUCUAUCAUAAUAAGAGUAAGUGUGGACACAAAGCUUUUUAUUUCACCUUGAGCUGUUGCCUUCAAAGCAAUUUGCAUUUAAAAUGAAGCAGAGGACAUUACUUAAGCUAUAUAUGCUGCCAGCACCUCCUGUCAGCAUUACGUGAUAAACCCAUCCCCUCAAACCAGCAUUUCCUUUUUGAGGUCUAAAAUUGGUUUUUAGUUUGAUUGUUCUAAGCUGGUGGUGACCCAGGCUGACCCCGACUGACAAAAAAAUCAGCUAUUCAGAUUGAAGGCAGUCACAGCUGUGAUAUACCAAUGAUAUAACAGGAUAGUUUUUGUCCUUCCCCACCCACCUUUUAAGAGGAGGUUGGUUGGAAUCAAAUGCAAUGCAAAAACAUCUGGGUCUUGCCAUUUACCUUUGUGCUACACAUAGAAAAGAUUUUUCAAAAAGCUAUAUAUGACUGAAGGUUGUUUUCUGGGACCUAGUUUUCAUUACACAGCUAAACUGUAGUCCGAAUGUUUCUUACUGUUGUGUGGUGACUGCGUGGUUAAGUCCUUUGCAAUGUUUUAACAAAUGCAUGAUGUAUACAUUGAUUAUAUGAAGAGUCAGGAUAUUCAGAAGUCAAGGAUCCAGACAGGUAUAAGAAGACACUGAUUUUAUGAAAAAAUCUUUUAUUUGUUUUUUUUGUUUUUUGUUUUGUUUUGUUUUUAGAAAUAAUGCAAGAAAUUUGUAGUCAUCUCAAGGUGGUUGUUGUCCACCACAUCUUAAGUAAGGUUCAUAACAGUUUUGAUGAAGGAUGCAAGCAUUUUCAUUUUUUAAUAAUCAGUUUAACUAGUAAACCCAUCAAAAUAGAUUAUUCAUAAGUGUUGCCAAUGUUACCUAUCAAAGUGUAAUGUUUCACAUUUUUGAUGGAGUGAAAUGAGUAAUAGUGGUUGCUCAUUUUCUACCACAAAAGAUGGUGCUUCAAAACAAAAUCCAUUUCUUGGGCUCUUAACCACUAUCACAAGUGGAAGCACAUGAGUGUAGAUUAUGAGCUGUCCCAUAAGCUCUCAUUAAAAUAAAAUGUGUGGUCACAAUGGGUCAUUAAAUGUAAAUAUCCUUCAAGAAUAAAGCGUGACUGUAAAUUGCAGA